AUGAGGGCUGCCAGAGUGCCGCCCCCCGCGCGGGGGGGCAGGCGGGCGCUCCCAGUGCUCUGGCUGCAGGCGCUGCUGCUGCUGGGAGGGGUGCGCCCAGGCGAGGGGCGCUUCACGUUCCUCUCGGUGUGGAACCCCCAGAACCUGCUGUCGCCCGCCCGCUUGGACGAAGUGUCGCGGGCACUGGCUGGCGUGGGAAUUGUUGGCCUCCCAGGCACGUGUGUGCGCCAGUGGUGGAACGAACCUCACCACAAGGCGACGUCAGUGGCCCACCACGUGGUGCAUUUUGGGUGGCAGCGCUCCAGGCUUGUCAACAAGAGCUGUGGAUGCGCGCUGAUGCGGGCCAAGAAGUACUUCGGGGUGAACGAUAUUCGACGGCUGGUCACCCCGCCUGUGGGCCUCCGUGGGCGAGGCGGACUGGCCUACAUCGCCUCAGGUCCGCUGCUCCUCGCCGUGUUCGUGCUCUACUUCCCCCCGCGGCCAGCGGACAAGGGGGAGGCACCCAUCUGGCGCGACACCUGCCGGGCGCUGGUGGCUUGGGCGCGGGACGAGCUCAUUCGUGUACCACAGCGGUAUACCCCUGUAUUGCUCAUGGACCUCAACUCGGGCCUGACCCAGCACUUCGACGAGGAUCCCGUGGUCGGCCAGUUCGGUGCAGCGACCGAAAGCUUGGCGGGCAAGCUGGUCCAUGAGUGGCUGGCGGGGGCACGUAUGCAGGCGAUCAACACCACGAAGCAGGUUGGCAACACUUACUUCGGCAUAGGCGGAGUGUCCUCGCAGAUCGACUACAUUUGCGUGCCCCAGAGUGCGGGAGUAUUAGUGGAAUGGGCGAAGGCGUGGCACCGUACGGCGGAGGCUGUCCGAGCGUCCCCUGCGGUCCUAGACCACGUUCCCGUGGUCACCAAGAUACGGAUCGUGCCGCCCUUGAACCAGCUGCCGCUACGAGAGCGCUGGGACCGCCCGCGCUUGUCAGGAGCAGUCAUGUCGGGUAGUGGACGAGAACAGUUCAUGACCGACCUGCACGAGGCUUUUCUGGAGAUCGGCCCAUCGCUCGACGUGCUGGAGACGAGAGAAGCGACUACUGGCCACGCCACGCUGGUCAUGGGCACUAUCCGCAAGAUCGGGCUGGCGCACUUCUCCCAGGCCACGGUGCGCCCAAUGUACGAGAGGAAGCUGGACGAGAAGAAGUGGCAACUGCUCCGCGAGAGGCGUACCAUCCUGGAGGAGGUAAAGGCCCAGGAGUUCGAGGAGCCAGACCUGCCUCGCGAGAGGGUCGCCGAGCUGCGGACGCUCGGCAGCGCGAUCAGGAGCUACACGAAGGCCCUCCAGCACUGGCGACGCCGCAGAGCCCACGAGCGCCAGAAGUUCAUAGAGGACGAACUCAGACAAGCAUGGAGAGGCCGUGACAUGGCCCAGGUUCCUCGGCUUGCCCGCUCGCUGGCACGCACGGGCAUCGGCGUGAAGAACCGCAACUACAGAGCACACGCCUCGUGCAACCCGACGUGCGACGAGUGGUCCACCUUCCUUGCGCAGGACCCGCUCCAGGGCGGCUUGGCAGCUACUCGCACGACCGUCCCUCUCUGCCACAACUUGAAGCCCGACAGGCUCAUGGACCUGGGCAACACUUCGGACUGCGCCAUCCCCGAUACGGUGAACAUUUCCGAGGAGGACGUUCGUGGGGGCCAGUCGGACUUCAAGAUGACAAUCAAGGCCCUUCGCCGCACGAAGAUUGGCAAGUUUGCGCCGUCCUGGUCUGCUCCCUCGGAGAUUUUCAAGAUGAUCGUGGACCCAG